GACAGCUCCGGCACACGCUGGCUAACUCUCCGGCAAUGGGAAUGGGAAUUCUCUAUAGCCUUUAGUAGCUUCUCAGAAUUCCAUUUAGAUUUUUUGUUUUGGGAUUUUUUUUUUUUUUCUUUUCUUCCUGUUAAUUGUCAUUUUUUAUUAAUUUUAUUGCGUAAACAACAGUCUUUGUUCACAUGUGUCUGUCAGUUCUACAAAUAUUUUUACGGAAUUUUUGGAAUAUUUUUUUGUAGUUUGGUAGAAAUUGUGUUUUAUUUUUAAAUUUUUUGUUGGUUUUUUGGGGAUUUUUAAUUUUUUUUUUGCACACUGUAGUACACCUGCCUGCGUGCUUGAGGACAUUCCCUGCUGGACUUUAAUGGAGCAUGAAAUUUUAGCAGCAUGUGUGAAGUUGAGAGGUGCAAAGUAACAGCUAUGGAAGGACAGCACGUUGUUGACAUAUUUGGCACAGCGAGACAGUGAUAAACACUGUUCUCAUGGAGCCUGUGGACAUCCUGGGUCCGAACGCCACAGAGGACCCUACGAGAACCGGCGAUGGCAACGCGGCCACCUUCACCAUCGGCACCAUCCUGUCCAUCAUGUGCCUGGUCGGAGUCUCCGGAAACAUCUACACCCUCGUCGUCAUGUGCCACUCCAUGCGAUCGGCGGCCUCCAUGUACAUCUACAUCAUAAACCUAGCGUUAGCCGACCUGCUAUACCUGCUAACCAUCCCGUCCGUCGUCUGCACGCAUUUCCUCGGCGGGUGGUACUUCGGCAACGCUGGCUGCAAGAUCCUCAUCAGUAUCGACUUUUUGACCAUGCACGCUAGCAUCUUCACGCUGACGAUCAUGAGCACGGAACGCUACUUUGCCGUGCUGAAGCCGCUGGACACGGUAAAGCGAUCCAAGAGCUACCGGAAGGCGAUAGCUCUGCUGGUGUGGGUGGCUUCGCUCGUGCUGACGCUGCCGAUGAUCGUCAGCAUCGAACUCAUGACGGUGGGGAACAAAACUAUGUGCUUGCCCACGCUGUCGCCGAUUUCGUACAAAGUUUACAUCACGCUGCUGUUUUGCACAAGUAUCGUCGCUCCGGGGCUCAUUAUUGGUUACCUGUACAUUCAGCUCGCGCGAACGUACUGGGUUUCUCAGACGGAGACGUUCAAACAGACCAAGAAGCUGCCCAAUCAAAAGGUGCUGUACCUGAUCUUCACCAUCGUGCUCCUCUUCUGGGCCUGCUUCCUGCCCUUCUGGGUGUGGCAGCUGCUGUGUCAGUUCCACCCGUCCCUGUCCCUGUCCAACCGCGCCAAACGGAACAUCAACUACCUGACCACGUGCCUCACCUACUCCAACUCCUGCAUCAACCCUUUCCUCUACACGCUGCUCACCAAGAACUACAAGGAGUACCUGCGCAAGCACAAGCGCACGUGGUCGGCCGGCAGCUACUUCAGCCGUCGCAGUCGCUUCCAGAGGUCGCCCCGGAGGUCGCCGUCGGCAAGCAGUCAGCAGUGCACCGAGAGCUUCAUGCUAACUCGCACGGCCUCGCUGCGGAUCCACAAGAGCAGCCUGUGAGGGAAAUUUCCUCUCUGCACCCGACCCAUCCUUCACAGCCGUCAGGGGACACCCAUCAGGACCAGUGCACCUGCCCGGGGACCCAUCUCCAGAUAUUGAGCAGGAGCAGGAACAGGAGUACCUAGCUGAAGGAGUCGCUUAUUGUAAAUGUUUUGAGACACUCGGACGCUGCGCUGGGACGUGUUUUGGUGAAAAGACUUUACGCUUCAGAACAAUUUUUGUUUGUGAUGCCUUUUUCAGAAAAUAAAUUAUACGAACUUAAUAGAAGAGAUAAUGGUUACAAAUAUACUAUUAGUGAAUGCUUAUGUUUUGUGCCCUUUAAAACUAAAUCUUACGACUGCUCACUGUAUUUCGUCUUUGUUCCGUCCUUUGUUCUGUCUGUCGCUGUCAACCAACCACAAUCUGCUACUUUUACCUCUUAAAGAACACAUAUUAUGCAUUCUUGUGGCUUUAAGUUUUCUUUUAAACAUGUUUUUGGUCACCUCAGGAUAAUUAUCGUAUUUUCUGGACUAUAUGUCGCUCUGGAGUAUAAGUCGCACCAGUGAAAAAAUAGAGUAAUAAUGAAAAAAAUGAGUAAUAAUGAAGAAAAAACAUAUAAGUCGCACUUUUGGGGAACUUUAUUUUACAAAAUUGGAGACCAAGAACAGACAUUUUAUCUUUAAAAGCACGUUACACUGCCUGGCCAAAAAAAAAAAACGCGCCACCUGGAUUUAACUAAGCAAAUAGGUAC